UGCGAGCAAUGUCCCAUUAUAACACCAAUGAAGAAGCUACAAAAAAGAAUCUCCAAGAAGUCGGUAGUGAUCUUUAGUAAGAACUCUUGCUGCAUGUCUCACACAAUUAAAACUCUCUUCCAAGAUUUUGGUCUAGACAAGAUCGUCAACAGACCGAAGGAGAUAGAGCAAACAUUGGCUCAGCUCGGCUGCAGCCCUACUGUGCUGGUGGUGCUCAUAGGAGGGCAGCUCGUUGGUGGAGCCAAUCAAGUUAUAAGUCUUCAUGUCAAUCGCUCUCUCGUUCCAAUGCUUAAGCGCGUUGGAGCAUUAUAG